CGCCGCAGGCGCUGCCCGAGCUGCCCCGCGAGCGGCGCCAGCUCGUGUCGGAGCGGACGGAGCGCGCACGCUGGCUGGAUAUGCGACCAGGUCCGGCGGCGAGAUGACGUCCAUACCAGACCUGACCGGCCGCCCCGCCUUCAAGCUGGACAUGAUCUGCCAGAAGCUUCAGCAGGACACCGGCGCCGAGAGCUCGGAGCUGGGCAUCGCCAGCUCAGGAGAGCCAGCCGGCAACGGCCACGGCGGCUCGGAACCGGACGAGGAGCCGCCGCCGGCCGAGGACGAGGAGGCCGACGAGGACGAGGAGGAGGACGAGCGCACCGAGAGUCGCCCCGGCGAGAGCGACAGCGACACGCUCGACUGGCGCGACGGCGGCGACGAUGCCAGCUGCCCUUGGUCGGCGUCCGUCGGCCCGCCUGCCGGCCGGCCGCCAGCCGCUGACUCGGCGCGUCGCAACAAGCGCAAGAACUUCGAGCCGCGCGCCAUCGUGUACCAGUACGCGGCGCCGAGCGGCGGCGCUCCGCGCGACUCAGCCGACUCGGCCGGCAGCGAGUCGGACGAGCAGGCGCUCGAUCUGACCGACGCGCGGCCGGCGGCGGAGGCGGCGGCGCCCAUGGAUCUGACGGUGCGCACGCCUACCCAGAUCAACAGCGCCCUGCCGCGUCGACCGGCCGCCGUCGACCCCUCAGAGAUGAAGCGCUACGCUGAAAACACCAUGCGCGAGCUGCUCGGCAUCUACGGCUUUCCCGAGUCGAGUGAGACGCACCCUGGCCCAG